GGUCACCUUUGUGUUAGCAACCUUCCAUGUAGCCUGAGAUGGCACAAAAAAAUAAAGAACACAAGUACAAGAUGGAUGGCCUGCAGAUCGGACAAGGUGACAUGAUACUUAAAUAAGAAGACACUGAGAAAGGCCAAUACUGGAAGCUGGAGAGGAAAACUUUUGAGUUAUGUGGAGUCGUAAUAGUAAUUUAAAUACUCAUUGACAGCAAGAGGGCACACUGGUCAAGGCUAAUCAGUUGAAUGGCUUCUUCAGACAGACCAGCUCUUUUGGCAGCACCUUAUUAUAUCAGUCCCUGGAUCCCCGUGUCCACCAGCAGUAGCAUACGCCGCAUGUGUGGGUGGCCCUUGUUUGUUGUACCAGGUCGUAUAGUGGGUGGUGUUUAUGUCCUUGAUCAUCUGGAUGGCUGCCCUUUCCCUCCUGCUUUGCAGUGUUGGCAGUUGUGAGGGGUCCAGUGGUGGGGUGGAGCCACUGAAGAUGAUCCUGAGGGCUCUUCUCUGAAAAGUCAAGAGUGUUUGUUGUUUGCUGCAUCCGAGAAGGAGGACACCAACAUACUCCAGACAACAGACACUAGAUCUUCACUUAUUAGUCUGUCUGGCAAUGACCAUCAGGAAGUGGAGCUGUUUGGUGCCAUUCCCUUAAUAUCUGCUCCACCUGGGUGUUUCGACUCAGGUUGUUGUCAAGGUGGAAACCUAGGUCUAUGGUGGUGGUAACCACCUGGAGCUCUUGUCUACACAGAGACAGCAGCAGGCCAUGGUGGAAUUUUGGAGAAACAAAUCGUCACCUCCACUGAUUUCUCACCAUUGAGCAACAUGUUGUUGGCAGAUGCUCUGCCUCCUUGGACGUGGUGGUGUUGCUGCUGAUGUCUGCAAUGGCAAAAGCCUGAAAUAGCCCUAUGUCGUCUGCAUACCUGAUGUCCAGUGUGUUGCUGAAGGUAGUCUUCCGAGGGGAAAUGUACAGGAGGAAUAGGUAUGUGGAGACCACACUCCCCUGAGGUCAUAACCCAUAACCGUAGCCAGGCCAGUUCCUUCCUGAUGUUGCAGCGGUAGGCGGUGGCCCACCUGGUCGAAAUCUUUCAAAAUUUCGGUCUACCGGACUCGUACCAUGGUUGGCACUUUGCAAUAUGCAGCCACUGACUGGGAGUUACUGGCUUUGACGAGAGCUGUUGUGGUGCUGGAGUUACGGACUGUUGGAUUCAGACCACAUGGUUGGCAUUCAUCUGUGAACCAUGAACUUCUCCUGUAUUUUAGGCAGGCCAGAUGUGAGUGAGAUGUGCCUCCAAUCUUUAGAGUGCUUGGGGUUUUCCAUGGCCAUAGGAGGUGUUGACAAUGUGAGCAGUGAUGAGAUCCAGAUCUUCAGAAUUGUCCUUCAACUGCUAUGGUGGUAUGCCAUCAUGCCGUCAGAGUUUCUUGAGCACUUGCUUCAUUUGGCCAAUGCGGCUUUUCUGUCUGUCUUGGCUUAUCUAGGGAGCAUGGCUGCAUGGCUUUCAGGGGCAUGCAGAUGUCUAGAGCCAUUAGGAUUGGUGGAGUUAAACAAAUCUUCACCUUCUCUUCAAUUGUCUUGCCUUCAUCGAUACAAUAUGUGUCUGACCUGGUAGAGUAACUUGGGACUUGCUUGAAACUUGAAGGUUAUGACUUGAACAUAUGACUUAGUCCCACCUCUGCAUCCAGACACUCGUCUACAAAUAUGUUCUCCUCCUGGACUGAAGGCUCUGGUGCAUCUAGCAAGCCACAGCCCCUCCUCUCCCCCUCGAAAUUCAAAUCACUACAUGAUCGCCUCUCUGGCAUCCACAAUGUUCAACCAAUCUCUUCCAAAGCUAAACCUUGUUGAGAACCUCAAGGUGAUAUUGGUACAUAUACUGUUGAAUGUUAAAUGCCACCCGCUAAUGCAAAAAACAAUUGUUCCUUAUCUGUUUAAAUACGAACUGUAAAGAAUCCUCAAAUACUGACUCACUGUGCCCACAUGACACCCACACACGCACACACACUGUACUAUCACGUGGCCCAUUAAAGGAUGACAUCCUGUGAUCUGUUUGCAUUCAUUUGUUUGAACUUCGCACCCAUGGCCUAACUGGCAUCACGCGCCAAUGGCUUCCUGACAGUGACUGAAAGACACUUGACAAAUGGGUCGAGAGUAAUUUGUGGGCGGUAAAUAGGGGUGAAACCAUCCCAGCUGAGCAGAUCCACCUUCAGGUAUUCAAGAGCUACAAGCAAAGACGAGAAGUCAUCCAGGAACUAGCGUCCUUAUUCUGAAAGAGGAAAACAUUCUGGUGCUGUGGCACAGGUCGUAGCAAUGGCAAACAUCCGCUCCCUGGCUGGCCUCCUUGUCGUCCUCAGCUUUGUCCAGACUAGCUGCCAGGUUCCUCUUCAAGACAUCUCAAGCUCGGAGACAGACGAUGAUUUAGCGAGGAGACACUCGGAGGGAACGUUAGCCAACGACGAGCGCAAAUAUCUUGAAGACCAGAAAGUUAGGGACUUUGUUCACUGGCUGAUGAACAACAAGCGGAGCGGCGCCGUGGAGAAGCGCCACGCCGAGGGGACGUACACCAGCGACGUCAGCUCGUACCUCCAGGACCAGGCGCUCAAAGACUUUGUCGCCGGGCUCGUGUCAGGACAGAUCCGAAGAGAAUGGGACGCCAAGAUGCACGAUCGGGCGUUCAACCGCAGACGGCACGUGGAUGGAAGCUUCACCAGCGACGUCAACAAGGUCCUGGACUCCAUGGCGGCCAAGGAGUUUUUACUCUGGGUCAUGACCUCCAAGUCUUCAGGGGAGAGUAAGAGAAGACAAGCCGAGCACUGAGGACGAGCUCUCUGUGAGGACGACGCAAGAAAAACAAAUUUGAGGAACGGGAAGCCAUACAAAAAAAAAAAAAAAAAAAAAAUGCAGAUUCUUCCAUUGUUUUGAAAGCACCUCCAGAAUUAUUUUUUCUACACAUUUAAAUUAUUUUCUAUUUAUAUAACGUACCGAAAAGUACAUAAAAUGUAAAGCUCAGGUAUAAAU